AUGGAGCCCUCGAUGACAUCUUCAGCCGACCGAUUCGCCCAGAUUCCUCCCAAGACGGCGGACUUGAAGGAGACAUGGGCAUUCCUCAACCCAGGCCUCGACCAUUUCAUGUCCAAUCUCGAGGCUGACCUUACUUUUGCCAAUUGCACCAACCUGUACACAGUGACAUACAAUUACUGCACGUCGACGAAGAUGGUAUUGGCGUUGUUGGUGAAGGCUAAGAUUCUCGUCAAUGAGGAGAAGGACCAAUACGAUUUGAACCCUGGUUUCAAGUCAAAGAAGAUUCAGGUCAAUUUGAAUCAGCCAAUCAAAGCUGAAGUGAAGGCCGAGUCUUCUGACGUCCUCAAGGCCGUCGACGAAGACAGGAAAUACGUUAUCCAAGCUACUAUUGUUCGAAUCAUGAAAGCCCGUAAGACGAUGAAAGACCAAGCCCUGAUUCAAGAAGUCAUUUCCCAGAUCUCUCAACGUUUCGCUCCCAAGAUUCCUGACAUCAAAAAGGCCGUAGAGACCCUUUUGGAGCAGGAGUACCUGGAACGAGUUUACGGACUGAAAGACACGGUUGCCUAUGUUGAAUAAUUCCUCCGCUCCCUUCCUCACUUGUAUCGUCGCAUCAUCACUCAUUCCUUGUACCAUAAUGCAAUACAUUAGAAAGUCGGCUGAGUCCCUGUCAUAUACAUUACUCGCCGUAAUACACUGGCCUACUACACCUUCACUCCAG